AUGGGCGUCAACGCCGAGAACAUUGAAGUUGCGCUCGACCGGCAUGCGUUGCGGGCCGAGAUUCGUAUGGAUUUGGUCGCCUUGUCACCCCUUGCCGUGCUCAUGCUAGAUUACGUCGCUAAGGGCGCAUAUAUUGGAAAACUUUUCGCGGUGGAGCAAGUUCGGAGGGUGCGGAACGUAAGCUACAUCAACCGCCUCUUGAGCGCCGUGGACCAGGCGGGUAACCUUCUCCUCAAUUACGGUGAUUCCGCUGAGCCAAAUUGGGAGCUAAAAGUCAUGGAUGGCCGGGUGGUCGCGUUUCUACCCAUUCUUGAGGGCACCUUUGCCUAUAACGGCGAGGUGCAUGGUCUUCUUCCGACCAUUGGAACCGCAUUAAAUACGCGGACGCGGUAUAAAGAAUUGCUGCGCCUUCACCAGGAGUUUCGCCCGAACCACACACGCGUGGCGACGUCAGGGGGAAUUCUACUUGUGCGUGGAUUUGCGCUGCAUCUUCGGACGUUAUUUGGCCGUGUGGUGGAUGAAUUUCUUCCUCCUGGCCUGAAGUCGAUGAGUUCACGCGUCAUUGAGCCUGACUCGACCUCCAGCCACAAGUUACGGGAACGCACGUUCGUCUUCCACGGGGAUUCUACUGUGGAACUUACGCAUGUUCCCAUUGAAUUUUACACCCUGGAGUCGUACCGCGAGCAUGUACCUUUUUCGCUGCGCAAAACGCUUUCAUUCCGGUGCGCAUGUAAAGCGGAUAUUCUUUCCGUCUUUAAAACGGCACCCGGGGGAAAUGAGUGCUGUUGCACGUACAUCUGUAAAGGGGGUCAAUUUAAUGAGUUGACCUCUGAGGACUGGGUCACAGCCGACCCCAAGUUGCUACCGUACGUUGGCUACGACGACCCCGGCCGCCAGCAGGAGCUUGCGCAGCAAGCAGUAUAUCAGGAAUGCGAAUACAGCAUUCUUUCUGCCAUUGCAGCAGGGGAUAUUACAAGCGAUGGCGUCCUCUUGACCCGCUAUUUCCCAUCUCCGUGUUUAAAGUCCUUGAUUUUGUCUUGCACUGUCGGAAGGAAAGUGCGGGCAAUCUUUUUUACAAAGGCUUCACGGCAUCACGGAGAGUUCUUUAGCCAAGAGGACAGUGGCCUUCUUUGUGACCUCAACACUUUUGGAAUCGCCGUCUUCUACGUGGAUGAGGCGCAUGAUGGCAUUUAUCAAUUUAUCCGGCGCCAGGACCGCGAUUCUGGCGUCUUUGUGCCAGUGGAGAGACGACAGGAGUAUCUGCUUGCUACCUUUUUUGGUGUUUACGGCUCCAAUUUAGUGGCGGGCGACUUUGAGGCCGAGCUGGGGUUCCUCCUGAACGGCAUUUUGCAGCUAAGGCACUACUGCAACCAUCCCCUUCUAAACCCGAAUAAGACGCUUGCGCUUGUCACGGGUGGUGGUCCUGGCGCGAUGGAGGUGGGCAAUCGGGUCGCCAAGUCGCUUGGCAUCUUGUCUUGCGGCCUGUUUGUUGACUUUGGCGCCCUAUCUCACAGGCCCGGGGCGACAAUUAACGAGCAGAAGCGGAACCCGUACGUUGACGCCUUCAUGACGUACCGUUCGAACAAGCUGGUGGAGCGUCAAUCAGACUUUAACUUGGACUUCCCUAUAUUUUUGACUGGAGGCAUUGGCACAGAUUUCGAGUACGCCCUUGAGGAGGUUCGUCGGAAGGUUGGGUCCGUCCCCCCGAACCCCAUCCUUCUCUUUGGAACGUUGAAUGAAUACACGAAUAAGAUUACCGGACGCUAUCGGGAAAACCUGAGAGCCGGAACGAUCAAGGGAUCAGAGUGGAUUUGCUCUAUACCGUGGCUUGUGACAACGGGGGCAGAGGCAUGGGAAGUUUACCGACGCUUUUUUAAUGGCCAGCUUCUCGUGGGCCCGGAUGCCCCCCUUAAUGAUCGUGGUUUUGUUUUGGCUUCAGAGUAUUUUGUGAAACACUCCAUGUAG